GCUCUCGAUAAGGGUUAGCACAACAUUCCUCCGUUCCGUAUUCACCCAUUUUACGUUUUCCCACCUCACCUUUGCUUCACUGACACUGCAUCCAUCACAACAACGUCACCGAUUCUGCCGUUGUCGUAUCACCUGCUGCAAUUUUCUCAUUCUUCUCAUCCCAAUUGGAAAACCCAAAAAAAAACCUUUCUCACCGAACAGAACGACACUCGCCAGCUGAUUCCAUUGGGCAGCAAUCGGCCACCAGCCAACCAACCAACCACUCAUUCUCUCAUUCUCUCGCUCACGUUCGGAAAACUCGCAUUUCCCAUCGCCCAGGCUCGCACGUAUUGCUCUAUGUCGACUUUUUGGUCCUCGCUGCUGGGUGCCGUGUCUAGCUUUGGUUAGGUGUUUCCAUCCUGCCGCAGGACUUCAGUUUGCUACCGUUCGCGUUCGGUUCCGGUUCGGGUUUCAGCAGUGUGUCCGCGAGGGAUCUUCUUUGCGAAUCGAAUGGACCUACAGUACUGAUUGGAGCAGUUCAACUUCAGCAGAUUGCCUCCAGGAGGAGGUGUACAUAAUCCGACUCAUCGAACGGUUCAGAAGCGAAAAUUCGCGAGUGGGUGGAAAAUUCUGCGGUGCCGGAUUUAUCCGCGGGGGAACAAAUGUGAAAAUUUUUCAAACGGAGGCUGACAGCCAAGAUGACGGUGUGAUGACGAUGAUUUUCGACCCAACAUUGUAGUGAUGGAGUGUUGAUGUGGGAUUUCGGGCAUCGGUACGAUGUGGCGACUAUAAGGAAAGACCUUGAAUUUAUGUGAGUCUGUUUUUGCCUACGUAGCAUUGUGAUGAAAUUUUGCGGAGAUUUUCCACGGCAGAGAAGGCCGGAGGCUGGGAAGGAUGGCGUCGGCAGGGUGUGAUCAUAUGAGCAAUGUGGUGCGAUGUGGUGUUUGUAGUGAGAAGAAAAUCCUGCAGCGAAGUGACGUCUACGAAGCGGUGCCAUGAAGAACAUCAACCAACAACAAGAAUAAUAAUAGUUCCUGAACGGGUGAAAAUCUUGCCAAGUUCGGCAGCAUAGCAGUAGUUGCAAGCAUAAUAGUGCAGGAAGUGCGCGAGUGUAUCACACAAGACCGAGAAUAAGAUCCAAAACAUACGACGAAGGACGACGGCUGGCUGCCACACAUAAGACGAAGACGUCAGUCGUCAUCCUCGGUGAUGGUGGUGGCGGCUGCUUGAUGCGGAUUAUACUGCAAUAAAAAGGAAAAAUAUAGUGUGUUCCCCAGUGUGUGUAUUUUGGCUUUGGAACCGAAAGUGCGAACCGCGAUACCCUCGGGGAGAGACCGCGGACAGCGGGAGCGGGUUCGAGACGAAAAGAAGCAGGAAGACACGAGGCAGCACAAUCACCCGGUGCUGUGCUAUGCUGUGUGCUGGUGUUUCCGGAUGUCCUGAAAAAGCAUAAAGGCUGAGACUCUCGGAUGGAUGAGUGGAAAUACCUCAUCGCGCUGCUGAUUGCGCUGUUGAGCCUUCGACUUCCGACGGUCGAUUCGAUCAAAGACGGCAACAGCGGAAAUGGACCGGCAGCUGCACAAUCACCGGGAAGUGCAACGGUACGGUCCACCGCAGGUGGGGGACGUGCGGCUCCCCAGGCGAUAGCUUCCCUCUCGUCGGCGUCGAUAGUGGCGGCCCUCGCUGCUCGACAGAACAAUGCGGCCUCUGCCGCAGCUGCCGCGGCCGCCGCCUCAGCCUCGACGGGUUCUGCUUCCAUCGGUAGUAAUGGGAGCAACGGUGGAACGGUUCUGAACCACUGCAAUUUGGCCGAGUUUCGAUGCGGCAAUGGAACGUGCAUUGCUUCGUCGAAGUAUUGCGACGGAAGCUUCGACUGCUUGGACAAAAGCGACGAGCCCCAGUUCUGUACAGCAUGCAACCGCACGCUGUACGGCGAAGUUGGGCGAACGUACGAGCUCCAGCUGCAGCCCCACCAGUUGCAGCAAUUCCUGCAGCACCGGCAGCAACAGGACGACGGCAAUGUGAAAAAUGCAUAUCCCUUCCUGUGCCAUCUUAACUUCACGGCUCCCGGAGGGGCGUACGGCGAUAUCGUGCAGCUCAAUUUCGCUAAAUUUAGCAUCGGAAAGUUUGUGCCCAGUAUGAACCUGGGAGGCGGCUUGAUGCAGGGCUACCAAUCGCAUCAGCAGCAGCACGAGGAGCAUCAGCCUGCGCACCGCCACGAGGCCUGCCUGGAGGGCUUCAUGACAAUCCGGGAGCAAGGCUUGCCCAAUCUGAACGGAAAGUGGUGCGGGACGGCUUCCGGUUACACGAUCUACUACAGCGAGACCAAGUCCGUUAACGUGAGCAUACGGUUGGAUCGGUUGCCCCCCAGUGGCAGCGGUGCCGGACUGAGCGGAUCGGGCGGAGCCACCAAUUGGCUGGAGUUCCGGUUGAUCUACAAAUUUCUGCGGCAAUCGGAAGCGAAGUUAAGAUCGGAAAAUCGAAUAUGGAACGGAGAUCGAGUUCCUGGAUCCUACUGCAAUAAAAAUUUCUACGACUGUGACAAGCGAAUCUGCCGAAUACGAUCGCCCAACUAUCCCGGCAUUUAUCCACGCAAUUUAACAUGUAAAUAUUAUAUUAAUCAUCGGACGCCACCGAGCGGGCUGCAUGCGAUGAUCGUCCUUCGGCAGCCCGACGGGCAUAAAUUAAACAUAAAGGAGCAGGCGACACAUCACGAGGCGAGCACCAGGAUUUUGAGGAGCUGGGAGCAGUGCGACGUGGAGCAAGAUUACCUCACGAUACACGAUGGAAAGUCCCUCGAGGCGCCUGAGAUAGGAAGGAUUUGCGGUGGUGACGCGCUGCCCGAUAUUGUAUCAAGCGGGCCAGACAUGAUGGUCCAGUUCCGAACAUCGCCGUACGACGUGCCGUUCCAUCCGAAUCCGGUUACAUUUCUGCCCGGAUUCGAACUUGAAGUGCAUGUCCUCUACGUCAACUCAAACUCGCAGUCCUACAUCCGUCAACCCGGUCGGUGCGAGUUCUCGAUCAGCGCUUUCGAAAGUCAAACCGGCGAACUGGAAAGUCCGCAGCAUACACUUCCACCGGAGAGUUCCUGCAUCUAUCACUUCCAGGGCCGGCGACACGAAACCGUGUGGAUCUCGUUCAUCAAGUACCACUCGGCCAUCGAUCCCACCGGAUUCGAAUCGCCGGCGGAGUGCGUGACGCAGCUACGCAUUUGGGACGGACGGUGGUCGGUUACCUCGCGACCGUACGGCAUGCAUCCAGAGUACACCCGAAAUGCGAGCUUGAUCGAGCAGAUUUGUCGCGAAGAAGUACCCCGACUUUGCUCCCGGUCAUUGAUCACCAAAGGGAGUCGACCGUGCUCGACUCAAGAGAGCUAUCUGUCAACUGGAUCUGACCUCACGAUCGAGUAUCGCCCCAGUCCGAUCGGUACCGCCCGAUUGUACGGACCGGCGUCUGCCUUCAAGCUUCGAUACGAGUUCGUUGACAAUUCGUUGGGAGGAGCUCCGUUGGAACCGUUGGUAGCCCCUUCGGCCAUGCCUGAACCGGCUGCUCUCGUCCAGUUCCAUCCGAAAUCUUGCGAUCGAGUAUUUCGGUCGUCAUCCGCUUCGAGGGGAAUUUUCCGAUCACCAUCGAAUGUGUUUCUCUACGGAAGGGGUGGUUCCCCAAAUAUUUCUUGCACCAUUCGAUUUGAAGCAGGAAUUGGGGAAAGCGUGAGGUUAUCCAUUACGCGAGCUCGCUUCGGUGGCCGAUCCUGUCAGAAUAUGCAAAACCGUUCGGGACGUUGGCACUGUAAUCAUCACAGUGGACCGAUAGCGGAUCUGCGAAUCAGCGAAGUUCCUUGGACAGAUAUACCACCACUCCCGCGGGAUUGUCUCUGUUCAGAUGUGUCAAGCUCGAUCAACCUAGCACCGCUGGCCGCCAGUAUCGUUGAGGUUCGUUUCACUGCCAUGCAAAUGGAGGUGGAUCAGGAUUUCCGGGAUUUCUACUUCGAAGGUCGGUACGAGUUUGAGAAAGAUGAAUGUGAAACGGAUUGGAGCGUUCGGCGGCUACGAGGUCGCAGUGGCGAUGCUUUGCUCAAACCAACUCCGUGCCCUGCACUGAUACAGCCGUGGCUUUUGGAACCAGAUACCGAAGGUAGCUACUUAGUUCUCAAGAUGAAAGGAUUUUGGAUGCCCCCACUACUACAUUCCGCUCCACCAUGUCCAACGGACGCUCGGAUCACCGUUUAUUCAACCAACAAUCCGAAGAAUUCAAGAGACCUUUGUCCCUCUGGGCCGGAUGUGGUCGCUUUCUCCGAUGGUUGGGAUAACGCCUACGAGUUCAGCGCCUUGGAAAUCUCCAAAAGCCUUAUCAUCGAGUUCAAGAGCUCCCGAAAACCACGAGAAUUCGAAGGAAACGACUACAAGUUUUCAUGGAUGGAGAUCUACCCCGGAAAUGACUGCCCUUACAAAUGCCAGGAGCUGCAGGCGUGCAUUCCCAGGGAGCUGUGGUGCGAUGGCAAAGUUCACUGUCCAUCCGGGCAGGACGAAAGCCCCACCGAGUGCGACAGCCAUAUGCCUCUGUCUCCACUACACGUGGGAGUGGCUGCUGCAACUCUUACUCUGUUCCUUUCGUUGGCAGCCGGUCUGACGGCUUGCGCUCGGAGGAAACGGGUUGAGAAAAAGCACCAACUGCAGGCGCACCACUUGGACACGAAUGGGCGAUAUCCGCACCAUCCAUCGUACGCGCAUUCAAAUCCCCAUCAUCACAUGUCCAGCAGUCACGCCCUGACGCCCAUCUAUCUGGACCCCACCAAGGAUAGUUUCUGUUGACAAGAGCUGGAGACUUCGGUGUAGCCCAUACCGAAGUCCCAGGAUUUCUACUACUUUGCGUUCAAUCGUUAGGCACUGUGCGGGCAGCAUUUGAAGGUGGGGCGACCAAGUGGAGCGAAUAAAUUGUGGUGAUGGCUUGAGCACCACCGCGCAUAGAGCGUUCAUCUCCAGCAUGCAGGCGAAACAAUGCAAGAAAUCCAAUAAUUAGGGGGAAAUAAACCAUUCGGAGGUAGAGUUGGGCGAACCGCAAACCGUAGAACGGUAUGACCUAUAAAACACGAAUAAUAAUCCGUAAGUAGGGUGACGAUGGGAAUUAGACGGUGGUAGAAUAACGAAUGGAGAAGUGGCAGUGAUUGAACCAAUUAAAAUGAACGACUGAGACGCGAUGUAGUGGAAAUGAUGAAUGCGAUUUUGGGGGUGGAUAGUGAUGCCUGGGGCAAGGCGGUGUAAUAAGAUGGAGAUUUUAGCGUGAUUUUUAAAUUUACUUCUAGGUGUUAUUUGAAUUAAUAAGUUUCUUAGCAAUUACCUUUUUGCAAGGUUUGCAUUAUUUUCAAUUGUCCAACUAAUAUCCUUUGAUACGUUGUUUUUUAUGCGCUUGUCAUACGUGAC